UGCGCGUCUGCGGAUCUGCCGCGUGAUAGGGCGGAGGAUCCGCGUGCACUCAUCCUGAAGAAAAAAAUAAAUAAAACGCUGUUCAUUCACAGAGAAGCUGGUGGUGGCUAUUUUUAGGAGGAGGAGGUGACAGGCAGCAGACGCCUUUGCAAAUAUUCCCAUCGCCUCGCUCCCUCCUUGAACUAACGAAGGAUGCCAGCGUAAAGCCGCGCAUAAGGAAGCUGCGUGCGGCACCGCGGGAACGUUUUACAGGCGGUUUUACCUCGUUUGUGGAGAAAAAUUUCCACCGUGCUCAUCGCAAACGACGCCACCGGUGUUCCUGAGUUCCUGAACGUAGGAUUAGAUCGGAAACGUUAGUGCUGCUGCUGCGGAUAAAUUCGGGGUUUUAUUACAGCUUCACUGUUUUGGAGCCGGGACACCGAGCGAGCUGUGAGGCGCAGAGCAGAGAGAGCGCAUCAGAUCCACCCAGCAGAGAUGGCAAAGGCAGACCAGCGUUUCGGCCAGCGGGAUGGCUCCGACCAGAACUUUGACUACAUGUUCAAACUGCUAAUCAUCGGCAACAGCAGCGUUGGAAAAACAUCCUUCCUGUUCCGCUAUGCUGACGACUCCUUCAGCAACUCCUUCGUCAGCACCGUGGGCAUCGACUUCAAGGUGAAGACAGUGUAUCGCAACGACAAGAGGAUCAAGCUCCAGAUCUGGGACACGGCAGGACAAGAGCGUUACCGCACCAUCACCACGGCCUACUACCGUGGCGCCAUGGGCUUCAUCCUCAUGUAUGACAUCACCAACGAGGAGUCCUUCAACGCCGUCCAAGACUGGGCCACUCAGAUUAAGACCUACUCAUGGGAUAACGCUCAGGUGAUCAUGGUGGGCAACAAGUGCGACAUGGACGAGGAGAGGGUCGUACCUCCAGAGAAAGGAAAACACCUCGCCGACCAGUUAGGCUUCGAGUACUACGAGGCGAGCGCCAAGGAGAACAUCAACGUGCGGCAGGUCUUCGAGCGCCUGGUGGACAUCAUCUGUGUGAAGAUGUCAGAGCGCGUGGACGUCGAUGUGCCGGUGGCUCCCGGCUCCAAGACCACCAGACUGACCGACAAGCCCGCUCAGCUACCUCAGAAGUGCUGCUGAUCGUCCAUCGCUGUCACACCUCUGCUGUCGCCCUGUCUCCCCCCCACACUCUCAAGAAAAAGAAAAAAAAAACAGAUUAACUAUUGUUACAUUCCUCAUCACACUCUCUCUGCUUCAGUCCAUGUUUGUGAGCGGCCCUUAAUCACUACGCCUACUGCUGUCUCUGCUAACUAGCAUUUAUAUAGCCUGUGUCACUCCUUUCCUGCCCCCACGUAUCUGAGGUUGGCCCUUACGUAGAUGGAGCAGUAAAGGCAGCGCUGUACUCCAAACAAAACUGAAUUUGGUGUGUUUGAAAAGGCUGCAGAACCACUGAAUAUAUACGUAGCUGUGAAGAAAUGCUAGUACUGCAACUGUAACCUGGUCUGAUUCUUUAAUGACAUUCAGUUUUGUUUCAGGGGGGCAUGAGAUGUAGUCAGAGGAGGAAAGACUAAAUCACAAUAGAAAUUGGCACAGGAAAUGUUAUAUUUGUGUUCUUCAAACAAAAUCGCAUGCUGUACAUAUGGGUGCACAAUUGAAGCCACAAUACAGAGGAAGCCAUCUUGCUUUUGUGACACAUUUUGUAACCAGAUUCUGCACAGUAGCGGCCCGAGGUGGAGCUGUGGUAUCAGAUGGCCAAUCAAAGCUGUCAUUCAUCUGAAAUACAGCCUUUUAUAUCAUCAAAUAACUUACUAAAAACAAACUUAUAAAAAUGAACAUUCAUACACAGAGCACCUAAAAAUGUACUUGACAUGUACUUCAAUUUUUUAAUUUGGCUCAUGUCCCAUCUGCAAAACCAGGAGGGGGUGGGGUUGAUGACCAUCUUUUUAUACAUUCCAUGAAAAAUAAAAUACGUCUUGCUAGAAGCUUGGUGACACAGGGAAUACCUGCAGGGAUAGAUGA